AUGGAGCUACGCCCGAAAUGCUUGCAGCUUUCUAACCAUCUGCUCCGAUCCUGCAGCGAGGAAGAAAUUGAGAUGAGCCUAAUAGAUCCCAACUCGACCUUGGAAGCUGCCAGCGACGACGACCCUCUAGCCAAAUACUUUGAUCCGCACACGUCCGUACUGCACAAGCACAUCCUUGAGCCUCCCUCUCCGCCAAUAGCGGCAUGGGAACGAGACCUCCAGCACGGCAUCGACAACGGGCGAGGGUUGACUGCGUCGAUAGAUCGUUUUGUGGAUCGGGCCGUUAGACGCGUCGAGUCUGCGAUAGGUCAUCCAUGA